CUCCCACUUGUUUUCAAGUAGAUGCCCCUCAGGUGUAAAACAGUGCCCCUCACUCUAGGAGUCUGUUUUACUAAGAAUGUAAGAUCCUAAUCUUGUGCAAAGAUUGUAACAUGAUUCAAACCCACAGCAAUACUGUGGCAAAUGCACUUGUCCAUGCAGGAAGACAGGCAGGAAAUCAGUUGCCACAUUUCUCGAAAUGUUCUUUCAGCAUGCAAUGUUCAGCCAGCAAUUACUCUUUUUUUGUUGUUGUUAAUCUUUUAUACUUUGCAGGCUAGAAUGGAAAACCUAUUUGCUUUUGGAAUCUGGCUUUUUGAAAAGUUUCAUGAAUGGUCUUGAGUUGCUAAUGGACAUAUCCUGUAUUCCCUCUACAAAUAUAUUUACUACAAUUAAAAAAAAAAUCCGUGUUAUUAUCUUAUUGGAUUUCUAAUGAUUGAAUGUUUUGGAAGUCAUCUUUUGCUAAUGGAUUGAAGGUCAAAUAAGUUUUACAGCUAAGGGCAAAAGGUAAUUAAACCAGUGUAUUAGAAUAUGCAUUAACUAGAGAUGUGGCUAAAAAAGUUAAACUUCAGAUUUCAAACCUUCCCCAGAAAGUGCAGAGGUUGAGAUCUGGAGGUUUGCUUCAUACGCAUCGCUAAUGCAAACCUAUAGGAAAAAUAUUUAAUAACUUCUCUGUUAAUAUAGUACAGGCCUAGUUUGGGUAAUCAAAAAUCUGAGUUUAGUUUGGGCCUGUUUAGUUUAAACAUGUUUUGUUCAAAUAAGUUCAUUUUUAGUUUGAAUGAAUAGCUCAAAAAUAGGAAAUCAGGAAAUAAGCACUUAGCUACAGGAGAUAGGGGUCCCUUCCAAAGAACCAAGUAUGCCCUUUCUAAGUUACUUUAUCUUUGUUCUUUCUAUAUUUUUGUUCAUUGUCCCAGAUGUCAGUUACCAAUAACGGCUAUUAAUGUUACAUUGCUUGCUCAGCAAUGCAAUUUCCUUUAAGCUUUCCUUUCAAGGAAGUGAAACUACUUCACUGUAAUUUUUGCACUUUGAGUUGCCAAAGUGAAAUGGAGCAAUUCAGGCUGAAAAGAAAAAGGUAGUUCAGAAGAAAAUGCUUUUAUGAGGUUGUCACAGAGAGAGGAUGAAAAAACUUUAAAUCUGUAUCAGAUUCCGAUGCUAUUUGAGGGGAGUAUAUUAGGCUACUGUGAUAAAGUAUUGAUGUUAAAUUUAAUUAACAAGCUACCAGUCCAGUCUUCACCUCAUACACAUUGUGACUAUACCUGAAACGUGACUUUGGCAUCACCAUCUCAGUAAAAGCUGUAAUUCUACUUGUUGAUGAACAAGUUGGAAAGGUACUUUGUAACCCAUCAUAGUGCUCCUAUCAAAGCAGAAGAAAUCUGUAUAAAUUUGUGGAACAUCAGAAAUCAUUGAGAUUUGUGGCCUUAACAAAUAAAGCCAGGGAAGGACAAUAUUCCUGGUUUGGUGAGAAGAUGAUCAAGGAGCAUUUAGGAAACAUAGGGGAUGUGGUUUUAAUUAUUUUUGUUAUAGUAAAGUGGCAAUCAUAAUUCAAAGGAAGCUCAUCUUUACUUGAUAAAAAUAGAUCUCUACUAUCCUAAGCACUGUGGCCACGGAUAUCUUCAAUUCCAAAAACUUGGCCGUUCAGGCCCAGAAGAAGAUCCUUGGCAAAAUGGUAUCCAAAUCAAUAGCAACUACCUUGAUAGAUGACACCAGCAGUGAUGUUUUAGAUGAGCUCUACAGAGUGACAAGGGAAUACACUCAAAACAAGAAAGAAGCAGAAAAAAUCAUUAAAAAUCUCAUCAAAACAGUCAUCAAAUUGGCAAUUCUCUACAGGAAUAACCAGUUUAAUCAGGAAGAAAUAGCACUGAUGGAGAAGUUUAAGAAGAAGGUUCAUCAGCUGGCUAAAACCGUGGUCAGUUUUCAUCAGGUGGAUUAUACCUUUGACAGGAUUUUUUUGUCCAAAUUGUUGAAUGAUUGUAGAGAGAUACUUCAUCAAAUCAUCCAACGCCACCUAACUGCAAAAUCACAUGGACGUGUCAACAACGUGUUUGAUCAUUUCUCUGAUUGUGAAUUUUUGGCUGCCUUAUACAAUCCCUUCGGACCUUAUAAGCCCCACUUGCAGAAACUCUGUGAUGGUGUCAACAAAAUGCUAGAUGAGGGAAACAUAUAAGUACUCGCAUUACGGUUGACUGCUCGUGUAUAAUUUGUAGAAGGAACACUGCUGAUUUAUGAAGGAAUAAGGGACCAUACAAAAGUAGUUUUUAUAAUAUAACAGAUGCUUCAGAAAAAUCUUUACCAAACUGAGUAUUAUGAGCCAUCUAUUGCUAUUCCCAGUCAACCUGGAACAAAGACUUCGAACAAUACUGCUUUAGUGUGCUUUGCCUAAGGAAACGGCUAGAUAAAGGUUGUGAAACAGAGCUGCUCAAGUAGAGGAAGACUCUUGUGAAGUAUAUGAUAAAAUGAAAUUAUAUGUAGUCAAACAAUCCAACGAUGUAAUUUUACAUUUAGAGUAAUAUUUAUAAAUCAUCAAAAGGCUAUUUUUUUUUGUAUCAGACUAGCAUGGUGAUGGUACAUUCUGUAAUUUCUUUAACUCACAUGUUAAAAAGAGAGAAUAUAUAUUUGAUGCAUUUAUAUUCACAUGUGCUCUAUGUAGAUGUGUAGAUAACCGCUUCCUUGAGCUGCCUUUAUGAACAGUUCAGUUUUACAGUUGUCAUAUCCCUGAUACUUUUGUGCAGCAUUUGAACUGCAUUGUUAAUCUGCAGUCCAGUAAUGAAAAUCAGUUGUUUGAAAACCUACCCAGUGACCCUUGCAGAUCAACUCUGAUGCCUGUUAAGUUUGAUUAUUUCAGAAACAGUAAACUACAAUAAUUCAGCCUGGCUUGGAAAAUGCAUUCUACAGACUGAAUAGUGUGUUGUAGAAGAAAGCACCUGUGAUCUAUAAUUCUGUUUCAGAAUUUUAAAACUCCAUGUGCAAUUAAAAGAUAAAAUGCAGUGAGUGAGCUAAGAACGCUCAUUAAUUAACAUGCGAGUCCUACUACUAUAUCCAUCCUCUUCUGAAAACGUAAGGGUUGAUGUAUUUCUGCACAUUAAGAUAACGCAUAUGGUAAUGUGAAUUUAGAUAACAUAAGCAUCUGAAGGCUAAAUAAAUUCCACAGCAGUUUGCUUUGUAUAUAGCGAGCUUAUGUUGUUGGGUUACAUAUAGUAACAACUGUUUAACAAAUAGAGAGAAGGCAUUUACAAUACCACAGAUUAAAUCAAAAAAUGUUAUCUAGUUCUUUUCACUGGUACAAAAAAUAUGUGACUCCCAAACACUGUAACGUGCUAAAACAUUUCAAACACCUGAGGAAUUUUUGUGCAGAAGCUUAUAAAGAACUUUGCAAUGUAUUUAAUUGCCAAGUUUUUUUGCUGUUUGAUAUGUCUUCUAUUUUAUGAGUAAACCAAAGAAUGUUUGCACUCCA